AUGCGUGCGCGCCGGCGUCUUGCUGUGCGCUCCGUCCGCAGUCUCCAGCUGUCCUACCUACAACAUCGCACUUUUGCAGUACGAGUGGACGACGCACUCUCCACGGCACGGCCGAUCUGCGCGGGAGUGCCUCAAGGAUCGGUACUUGGACCGGUGCUCUACACCCUGUAUACGUCUGAUCUCCCCACACCGCCGAGGGUCGAGAAAGCUAUAUACGCGGAUGAUACGAUGCUGUUCACACGAAGCCGAUGGCGCGACGUGAUGAGGCCACGUCUUCAGAGUGCCUGCAACUUGUUGGAAGAAUGGGCAACGAACUGGCGCAUCCGAUUCAAUCCAGCCAAGACGCAAGGCUCCGACCUCUCCGUCGAAAAUGGCCUAUUAAUUUAUCGCAUGUACAUUCGCCCCCUCAUCGACUACGCGUGCGAAGUUUGGGGCAAUGCAGCGAGGACUCAUCUACAGAGACUCCAAUCCCUUCAGAAUAAGAUACUUCGGCGGGUAUUCCACGUUCACCCGCAAUUUCCGCACCAAUACCUGCACGAAGCAGCUGAAGAACCAGAAGUGCUCCAGCGUCACCAGGAAAUAGCGAGACGUUUCUACGAGAAAGCAACGAUGUCCACCAACCCCCUAAUCAGAGGCUUGGGGGAAGAACCUGAUCCACACGACAGGUACCGACGGCCGAUCGCACUGCUCGCGAGAUAA